CCUGCUUCCCUCAGUUCCCCCCUUUUCACUCCCCAUCUCUCUGUUGCUUUCCUUCAACAACUCUCUCUGUCUCUGUUUCCAGCAUUGCAAGCACAGAGCAAUUCUCCUUUGAUUUCCCUAUCUGGGUCAAGAGAGAAAAAGGGGAGAGUCAGAUUUGAUUGGAUUUUUUUUAUUAUCUUUCUUGAUUUGUUUCCAUGUAAUUUUUGAUUUCUGCCAAGUUAUAUACAGCUCUCAAUUAGGACUACAUUGUUAAGGAAAAACCCAACAGAGAUCUGUCGUCCUUUCCCUGUUUUUGGUUUUGAGAAAGCAGCCAGUUUAACCAUCCCAUCCUCUGUUUUCCUCUGUUUUUUCUCUGCUCUGCUCUGCUGAGAUAGAGAGAGAUAGAGAUGGCUGAAAAUUCACCCAAAAUCUUGAUACCAGAGUCAUUUCAGGUGUCCAGAGAUGACAUUACAGGGCAACUAAGUUUAAUUUGGGAGCUAAUCAAAGCCCCAUUGAUUGUUCCUCUGCUGAAACUUGGGGUUUACAUUUGCUUGGCCAUGUCUCUCAUGCUGUUCAUGGAAAGGCUUUACAUGGGUGUUGUCAUUAUCCUUGUAAAGCUUUUCUGGAAGAAACCAGAAAAGAGAUACAAGUUUGAGCCGAUACAGGACGAUGAGGAACUCGGGAACUCAAAUUUCCCUGUAGUUCUUGUGCAAAUCCCAAUGUACAAUGAAAAAGAGGUUUACAAGAUCUCCAUUGGAGCUGCUUGUGGACUUUCAUGGCCAUCCGAUCGUCUCGUGAUCCAAGUCCUCGACGAUUCAACUGACCCUGUUAUCAAGCAAAUGGUGGAGCAAGAGUGUCAAAGGUGGGCAAGUAAAGGCGUAAACGUAGUGUACCAAAUCAGAGAGACCAGAGGGGGCUACAAAGCCGGCGCCCUUAAAGAAGGCCUGAAGAGAAGCUACGUGAAACACUGCGAAUACGUCGCCAUCAUCGACGCCGACUUCCGACCGGAGCCAGACUUCCUCCGGCGAAGCAUUCCUUUCCUGGUCCACAAUCCUGACAUUGCACUGGUUCAAGCUCGCUGGAGAUUCGUGAAUGCGGAUGAGUGUUUGUUGACUAGAAUGCAAGAGAUGUCACUGGAUUACCAUUUUACAGUGGAACAAGAAGUUGGAUCAGCAACUCAUGCCUUCUUUGGUUUCAAUGGAACUGCUGGGAUAUGGAGAAUUGCUGCUAUCAAUGAGGCAGGUGGAUGGAAGGACAGGACAACAGUGGAGGACAUGGACCUUGCAGUCCGAGCUAGUCUCCGUGGAUGGAAAUUCGUCUACCUAGGUGAUCUCCAGGUGAAAAGUGAACUUCCUAGUACAUUCAAGGCCUUCCGCUUUCAACAGCAUCGUUGGUCUUGUGGUCCUGCUAAUUUGUUUAGGAAGAUGGUUUGGGAGAUUGUUACAAACAAUAAAGUGAAAUUCUGGAAGAAAGUCUAUGUUAUCUACAGCUUCUUCUUCGUCAGAAAGAUUAUAGCUCAUAUGGUCACAUUUUGCUUUUACUGUGUGGUUCUUCCUCUCACCAUUUUGGUACCUGAAGUUAAAGUCCCACUCUGGGGAGCAGUUUACAUUCCUUCAAUUAUCACCAUUCUGAAUUCAGUUGGAACACCAAGGUCUAUUCACCUGUUGUUCUACUGGAUCCUGUUUGAGAAUGUGAUGUCAUUGCACCGGACUAAGGCAACAAUAAUCGGUCUCCUGGGGGCUGGUAGAGCCAAUGAAUGGGUUGUCACUGAAAAAUUAGGAGAUACACUCAAGAAACAAGAAGCUGCAAAGAAAGCAAAUGUUAAAGCUCCUAGAAAACUUGGCUUCAGAUUCAAAUUUGCUGACAGGCUGAAUACAUUGGAGUUAGGAUUCGCAGCAUUCCUUUUCCUCUCUGGAUGCUAUGAUUAUGUGCAUGGGAAGAACUACUACUUUGUAUACCUCUUCCUCCAAACAGUUACCUUCUUCAUCACAGGAAUUGGCUAUGUGGGCACCAUCAUAUAGUUACAUAAAUCCUCUUAGCCUUUAUCUUGGUGUGCCAGUUUUCUUUUACCCCACAGCCCAAUUAUAUGUAUAAGUGGGGAUCUGUCUGCAACAUUUGACUACAAAAUCCCUCUGUUAGCUCAUUCAAAAACACAAUAGGUCAUUCAUCAACAAUUUCAGCACAAAAAGGUUUCGCCAAUGUCUCCCACGAAAAAAGUGGUGAACCCAGAAUUUACAAGAAAACAGAUCUUGUUGCUAUGCCAACAAGUUGAAGGAAAUGAAGAAACAACCUGUGGUAUCUACAGAUAGCAGGGAGAUUGUGUUCUUUCUUGAGAUUUUUUUUUUUUUCUUUAUAAUUGAAACUUGAGUCUCUAUUUAUUAGUUUUAUUUAAGUUUUGUUAAGGGAAUAAGGUGAUGAUUCUGAAACAGGGUGAAGCUGUAAUCAUAGUUAAUUUAUCAAUUCAAGUCUUAUUGUGUUUACAGCUGCAGUUUCUAUGCCACAAAAGCUGAUGUUAUGCAAACUAAAUUUUCACAAAAGCA